AUGGCGGCAGCGGCGCAAAAAUUACUUGGUAGGAUUGGAACACUUGGCGUAGGUCUAGCCAUAGCUGGAGGUGUUGCACAAUCUGCACUUUAUAAUGUUGAUGGAGGACAACGAGCCGUCAUCUUUGACCGCUUUGCCGGUGUCAAGGACGAGGUAGUCGGUGAAGGUACUCAUUUCCUCAUCCCUUGGGUGCAGAAACCAAUUCUAUUCGACAUUCGCUCCACACCAAGAGCUAUCUCGACGAUAACUGGAAGCAAAGAUCUGCAAAAUGUGUCGAUCACCCUUCGUAUCCUCCAUCGACCAGAUCCAACCAAGCUGCCUAACAUAUACCUGAAUAUAGGUCUGGAUUACGCUGAAAGAGUAUUGCCGUCCAUCACAAACGAAGUUUUGAAAGCAGUUGUGGCUCAGUUUGAUGCGCAUGAGAUGAUCACUCAACGAGAGACUGUCUCGCAACGUGUGUCAUUGGCUCUUUCGCAGCGAGCGGCUCAGUUCGGACUUCUGCUAGAUGAUAUUUCUAUCACGCACCUAUCCUUUGGUCGCGAAUUCACGGAAGCGGUCGAAAUGAAACAGGUCGCUCAACAAGAAGCAGAGAAGGCCCGUUAUCUUGUAGAGAAAGCUGAACAGAUGAAGAUUGCGGCUAUUACAACAGCUGAAGGAGAUGCCCAGGCUGCGAAGCUUCUUAGCAAGGCAUUUGCUGAUGCUGGAGACGGAUUAAUAGAGUUACGAAAAAUCGAAGCUGCUGAGGAAAUCGCUGAUCGCAUGUCAAAGGCCAGAAAUGUUACUUAUCUGCCCGGAAAUCAGAAUGUCUUGCUCAAUUUACCACAACAGUUAGUCUCGAGAACUCAGCCAGGCACUAUGGCCACGAUGCGCUGUCGGUUCUACGAGAACCACUUUCCGGAUGUCGAAGAAACAGUGGUGGUAAAUGUCCGACAAAUAGCAGAUAUGGGUGCCUAUGUAAGCCUCUCAGAGUAUAACGGAAAAGAAGGUAUGAUACUGUUGUCCGAGUUGUCACGUCGACGUAUUCGAUCGGUGAACAAGUUGAUUCGAGUGGGACGUAGCGAAUGCGUAGUGGUCAUUAGAGUGGACAAAGAUAAGGGUUACAUUGAUCUUUCAAAGAGACGUGUGUAUUCUAAAGAUUUGAUAUUGUGCGAGGAACGGUUCGCAAAAGCCAAGGCCAUCAACAGUAUUCUCCGGCAUGUUGCUGAGCAAUUAGGAUACGAAAAGGAUGAACAGUUGGAGGACCUUUACAUGCGAACAGCUUGGCAUUUUGAUCGAAAAGAGAAAAAGAAAGCGGCUGCUUAUGACGUCUUCAAACGAGCGAUAUCGGAUCCUCACGUUCUCGAUGAAUGCGAUAUAACGAAUGAAGUCAGAGAAGCACUUCUUGAAGAUAUUAGAAAGAAACUAACCCCGCAAGCAGUCAAGAUUAGAGCCGAUAUUGAAGUCUCUUGUUUCUCGUAUGAUGGCAUCGACGCAAUCAAAGAAGCUCUGAUUGCUGGAAAGAACUGUUCAACGGACUCCAUGCCAAUCAAGAUUAAUCUGAUUGCUGCGCCUCACUUUGUAGUAACCACCCAAACGUUAGAUCGAGAAAAUGGAUUAACUGCAGUAAAUGAUGCCCUGAAUGUGGUGAAAGAAACGAUUGAGAAGUACGGCGGCAAAUUUACGAUCAAAGAGGAGGCCCGUGUUGUCACUGAUGUCGACGAUAAUGAUAUCAAGAAGAAGAUAGAGUUGGCUGAACUUGAAGAAGAAGAGGGAUCUGAUGAGGAAGACGAGGAUGAAAGUGAGGAUGAGGAUGAUGAUGGUCUAGUAGCUCCGAAAGGUUUGGAUCAGCAGAUGGAUGCGGAAGAAGCGAGUCGUGAUGCGAAAAAGAAGAAUAAAAAAGCCAAUGAUGCAGGAGAUAGUGGUGACGAUAGUGAAUGA